UAGGAUUCCAGGUGAAUAUGACCGCCAUCUGCCGUUCUCUUCUCACCUUUGCAAAACGUCUCAUCUACCCUACCACACCGCUUCACCCUUCCAGUUCUCAUCCACCCUGCCAUACCACCUGAUGCUUCGAACACUCUUCUACCAGAUAACCCCGUUCACGCCGGCGACACAAGCAACUAUUACCGUCGAUUCUUAGGAACAGUUUCCUCAUCUCAGCCGCUGCUUUCUGAUCCAACGUCCACUAUGUGUUCGCCUCUUCUUCCUGGCCGGCAGGUGUUAAAGCUUCUGUGGCAAUCGAAAAGGAUUCAGGUGGAGAUGGUGUUGGGUUAGGUUAGGGUUUCGCAGGUGGCGAGCGAUGGUGAUUGUGGAAUGCCCGUCUGCAUCUUCCACCUCCACCGUCAACAUCCGCCUCCACACUCACACCUUUGAUAAGGUACUGGAUGUUAGAUCGGAGGUUUGCAUAGCUUCGCCACUGACGGUAAUCAAGCGCCUAAGGUUCCGAUCAAGUUCUGACAGCUUUCUGGAGCAAGUUAUUUAUGAUCUUAAAGGGGAUGUGAUUAUGUGUGACCCUGAAGACGAGAUGAAUGUUUUCAAUGGUGAAAAGAUGUCAAAAAGUCAACAACCUUACUUGAUGUGGGAGCUUCUUCCAGUGAUGACAAAGACAACCAAGAAAAGAUCAUCGAGUUGGAUACCAAAGCUAAAAACACAGGUAUGGCUCGCGUGCAAUAGCGUUCGAAUGAAGAUCUCGGAUCAGAAGAAUAAAACUUUCUUUUGUCAUACCAUCCCCGGUUAGAGCCCUCUUUAAAUAGAGUGGUAACUAAAUUGUGCUCAUGUUAUUUGAUAGUUUUGUCGGCAACAAACUCGAAUACAUGUUUGUUAUUAUGUUUUGUCGGCAACAAACCCAUCCCGGGUUGGUUCCCUGCCGCAACGCGCGGGUGGGAACAACCUAGUUUGGUAUAAUGGAGCGACAACCUGCAAAACGGUGAAUAUGUGAAGACAUAGUAUGACUUUUGUAUGUUUUCUAGGUUUUUAAGAAUGGAAUUAAAAGAAACUACAAAGAAUGCUUCAGGUUUGAUUGAA